UGUAUCCUGACGCUAACUCUACCUUGGCCAGAGCCAUAUUUGCGUCUUUCUCUUAAAAAAUUUCAUUGAUGUUUUCUUAGUUGCUCUAGCGUUAUGAGUGAGCAGAGCAUUCUAUCUGAUCCCAGUAGCACUUUUCCUGUCGACCCCAAAACCCUUCGAGCUUGUCGAGUUUGUUGUCUCGUAAAGAGCCAGGAUCAAUUUUCCGAGUUUGGCUGUCAAAAUUGCUAUGAUGUCUGGAGUGCUGCUUCUGCUCUAGAGUUGACCACCCCCCAGUUUUAUGGACUUGUGACAAUGCUGGAUCCUGCCCAUUCAUGGGUAUCAAAAAGACAGAGAAUGAAAGGUAGGAGAAAACAAAAUCAAAUUAUGUUCCAGGUAUUUAUGCAUUAGAGGUAAUAGGCAAACUUACUGUAAAGGAAGCUAAGCAAAGAGAAAAUGCAGAUGCAAAUUGAAUAUAGCACGUCUUACAAGACUCGGCUACACGACAUAAUAAAUAAGUG